AUGGUCGGCUUCAAAAGCUUCGCCGCUCUCUUCCUUGCGGCCCUUGGUGCUGCUGCCCCUGCUCCCUCUGGCGGCAAGUACAUCAUCACCCUCAAGGACACCGUCACCUCCAGCAAGGCCGCCGCGCACUUGCAGUGGGUGAACGAUGUCCACGCCCGUAGCAUCGGCCGCCGUGACCUCAACCUCAACGGUGUCGAGAAGACCUACGAGAUUGGCAACUUCAACGGCUACGCUGGCAACUUUGACACUGCCACCAUUGAGGAGAUUCGCAACAACCCCGAGGUUGAGGCUGUCGAGCUGGACCAGACCUGGACUCUGUAUGCCCUGACCACGCAGUCCAACGUCCCCCACGGCCUGUCCACCAUCUCGCACCGCCAGUCCGGCGCCAGCAACUACAUCUACGACAGCAGCGCCGGCCAGGGCGCCUACGCCUACGUCGUCGACUCUGGCGUCAACAUCGACCACGUCGAGUUUGAGGGCCGCGCCACCCGGGGCUACAACGCCGCCGGCGGCCAGGACGUCGACACCCUCGGCCACGGCACCCACGUCUCGGGCACCAUCGCCUCCAAGUCGUACGGCGUCGCCAAGAAGGCCAACAUCGUCUCCGUCAAGGUCUUCAGCGGCCGCACCGCCGACACCUCCGUCAUCCUCGACGGCUACAACUGGGCCGUCAACGACAUCGUCGCCAAGCGCCGCCAGACCCGCUCCGUCAUCAACCUGUCCCUCGGCGGACCCGUCUCGACCGCCUUUGACCGCGCCGUCGCCAGCGCCUACAACCAGGGCGUCCUCAGCGUCGUCGCCGCCGGCAACGAGAACCAGGACAGCAACAACGUCUCCCCCGCCCGCGCCCCCCAGGCCAUUACCGUCGCCGCCGUCAACGCCAACUGGGCGCGCUGGGUCUGGAACUCGCAGCAGGGCUCCAACUACGGCACCCCCGUCGACAUCUACGCCCCCGGCGAGGACGUCCUCUCCACCUGGAUCGGCUCGACCACGGCCACCAACACCAUCACCGGCACCUCGAUGGCCUCCCCGCACAUCGCCGGCCUGGCCAUCUACCUGGCCGUCCUGGAGAACCUCGACACCCCGGCCGCCAUCACCUCCCGCAUCAAGCAGCUCGGCACCCAGAACAAGGUCACCGGCAAUGUCGGCAGCACCGUCAACCUGCUGUCCUACAACGGUAACCAGUAA